GAUGAAUCCUUCGCGCCCGGAUUGGCUGGCCGCGCCAUUGUGACGUCACGGUCAGCCCACGCUCCGAUUGUAGAUGCCCGGCGCCUUCCUCUUCCCAUCGCGGCGGAUCCUCGGUCCCGGCGCCUCCCUCCGACAUCCUCGUCGGGCUGCCGUCGGCCACGGGCGCUCCGCUCCGCGCCGCCUCGCCGCUUCUCUGCGCCGCCGCUGCCUCGGGGCCAGGAGGUUUAAAAAUGGAACAUUUUGAUGCAUCACUUAGUACCUAUUUCAAGGCAUUGCUAGGUCCCCGAGAUACUAGAGUAAAAGGAUGGUUCCUUCUGGACAAUUACCUACCCACAUUGAUCUGCUCUAUCAUAUAUUUACUAAUUGUGUGGCUGGGACCCAAAUACAUGAAGAACAGACAGCCCUUCUCUUGUCGGGGCGUCUUAGUGGUAUAUAACCUUGGACUCACGUUGCUGUCUCUCUAUAUGUUCUAUGAGUUAGUGACGGGAGUAUGGGAAGGCCAAUACAACUUCUUCUGUCAGGGCACACGCAGUGCAGGAGAAUCGGACAUGAAGAUUAUCCGUGUCCUCUGGUGGUACUACUUCUCCAAACUCAUAGAGUUCAUGGACACCUUCUUCUUCAUCCUGCGCAAGAACAACCACCAGAUCACCGUGCUGCAUGUCUACCACCAUGCCUCCAUGCUGAACAUCUGGUGGUUUGUGAUGAACUGGGUUCCCUGUGGCCAUUCUUAUUUUGGUGCCACACUUAACAGCUUCAUCCAUGUCCUCAUGUACUCGUACUAUGGUCUGUCAUCCGUGCCAUCCAUGCGUCCGUAUCUCUGGUGGAAGAAGUACAUCACUCAGGGGCAGCUGCUUCAGUUUGUGCUGACAAUCAUCCAGACCAGCUGUGGAGUCAUAUGGCCGUGCACGUUCCCUCUUGGUUGGUUGUAUUUCCAGAUUGGAUACAUGAUUUCUCUGAUUACCCUCUUCACAAAUUUCUACAUUCAGACUUACAAUAAGAAGGGGGCAUCCCGGAGAAAAGAGCACCUCAAGGACCACCAGAAUGGGUCUGCAACUGCUGUGAAUGGACACACCAGCAGCUUCUCUGCCCUGGAGAACAGUGUCAAGCCACGGAAGCAACGGAAGGAUUGAAACGGAGCGACAGAGUCACUGCAGACCACGUGACCCGAUUGUAAACACAGUGUGAGUUGUGUGCCGCUGCUGUUAACAGCUGCUGUAACUAGUCCGGCCUACAAUAGUGUGAUUCAUGUAGGAACUCUUUCAUCAGUUCAGAACCCCUAGACAAACUAGACAAAUUAUCCAAGUAGGUGUAAGAUUUCUUAACAUUUCUGGGCUCUCAUUGACCCCCGCGCUAGACUGUGGAAAAGGGAAUAUUAUUGUAGUAUAUGACACUGCUGUUGCCUUAUUAGUUAUAACAUGAUAGGUGCUGGAAUUGUGAUUCACAAUUUAAAAACACUGUAAUCCAAACUUUUUUUUUUAACUGUAGAUCAUGCAUGUGAUUGUAAAUUUGUACAAUGUUGUUACAGUAGAAAAACACACAUGCCUUAAAAUUUGAAAAGCAGGGCCCAAAGCUUAUUAGUUUAAAUUAGGAUAUGUUUUAAGUUUGUAUUUGUAAUAACUCUGUUUAGGAAAAAAAAAAUCAAAGACCGUAAUUUAUUAAAGUAAUAUGUGACCUGUAAUUUCAAGUGACUUAAGAGAUGUGAAGUCUGUAACGGCACCUCCAGUUUUGUAGUAUUGGCUUUGAAUCAAGGCAGGCUCAAAUCUAGUGGAGCCUAUUGUCUGUUUAACUUUCUAACAGAUCUUAUUUUUUAUAGUUUGAGUGCCACUAUUAAUAAUGUACAAAAAUUGGGGGCCUGGGGCUCUAAAGCAGUCUUGAUGAAACUUAAAUAUAUAUUCUUUAUCCUCAAGAUUGUCAGAAGUGUGUAGGAUGAGUAGGCCGUUGUUCAUUUCUGAAUUACUGGGUGUUUUUAUAUGGGAAAUCAAGUUUGUUGUGCUUUCCACCUGUGUGCGAGAGGAUGUGUUCUUUUCAAGAGAGAGGUGACUGAGUGUGUGCUCUGACAUAGUCUCACAGACGCGCAGUAGGGAACUGGUCGCCAGGGUCCAGAUUCGGGUUGAUUUCUGUACUGUUAUCUGUUUUGACAGAAGCUUUCUUUUUAAAAUGUGCCUAGUUUACCAAAAUUUUCACAGCAGGAAGAAAUGACCUUAAAGAAAAAAUAUAAAAUGAAACAGAUAGCUACGGCAUGAGAGAACUGGGAAAUUGGAUGGCGAUAGCUUGUUUGUUGUAAAUCUAAUAGCCUCUAUGAAUUUUUUUUUCUGCUUAGACUCUAAAAACUUGUUAGAACUGCUUGUUUCAAGUAAUAUACUGCUUCUUGUAAAAUCAUGUCUUACACACUGGAGGCAGCGGUUGAACAGAUAAGGACUAUUAAUGUGUCAUUUUAAAGUGUUGGAAUUUAGCCUCUGAGAACCUUCUCCAUUGAAAACAAAACCAUCCACUGAACCACUCAUGACAUGUCUUAGAAGGUCAUUGACAAUGUAUAAAACUAAUUGUUGGUUUGAUAUUUAUGUAAAUAUCAGUUUACCAUGCUUUAAUUUUGCACAUUCAUAUUCUAGGGAGCCGAUGGGUUCCCGUCUUAGUCUUGUGGGUUUUCUGUUUGGACGGAGUCACAGCAUCUGUUUACAUUUACCUUAUCAAAUCUAGAACGUGUAUAUUUGUAAAAGUGUGUCUCCAUUCCUAGGUACUAGUUUGCAGGUGUCUUUACAUAUUUCAAUACAGAAACUGUAACAUUCGAUUAGUGUGCUGUCAAAGUGUGCUUAGCUCAUCUGGAUAUACCCACACUGUUAAAUAAUGUCUAAACAUUUAAUCAUUAAAACAUUUUGGAUUACC